UAACAUACUUGUAAGCUAUGGCACCGUUCUUCGUUUCAAGAUCAAAUGACAUUGCAACGCACAGUUCAGUUUCAGAAACUUUUGCGUCCCCCGUCGUUCAUUAGUGCUGAACACGGAGAUCAAUUCCUCAGAGUGUUGGACGUUACGAGAAGGUUUUGGUACAGAGGAUUAGUCAUGAGGCCAUUGCGCAUCUUGAAUGUUGCCGAGAAAAAUGAUGCGGCUAAAGAGCUGUCUAGGAUAAUGUCCCGAGGACACAGUUUCAGGGUAAAGUGUCAGAUUUUUAUAAUUAUGUAACACUGUUAGCAAUUAUUAGCUUGUUUCAAACUGAACAAAACAAAACAGAAAAAAAAAACAAAAAAAAAACAAAAAUAAGGGGGUCGAUCCUGUAAGCUUCUGUCGGGACAUUGCCACUGUAGUAAAUAUUUUCGUCAGUACAUCCUGGUUAAGCAAAACCCUCUAUAGCUUUAGGAUUUCAUUGCUUUUACUUUAUUCUGCUUUGUUAUUUAUUUAUUUAUUUAUUACAAUUCAGUGACAAUAAACAACAUCAUUAUUAGAGUAGUCUACAAAAGAGUCAUAGGCCCCAUUCAAAGGCAGACCACCUAAAAGAAAAGGAAAAAAAAAGGAGAAUAUGAUAUAUUCCACAAAAACGUCAAAUUAGAAAUAAAUGACAAUCAUCAAACUGAGAUACAGUGUAUGAAAAAAGAAUUAAAAAUUAAUGCACCCUUCUUAAAACUGGUAAUGUUAUUAGUUCAUAAAAGCUUUGCCAGUGUCUUCAAACCAAUCAGAUUCACAAAAAAUAAAGACAGUUGUGACUUGGCCACUCAUGGUUUCUUGUGCUUGAGGCCAGUUCUCAUUGGCUUGUUGUGUUGUGUCUCUCUUAUCUGAUUGGUAGUUGUAAUGACUUCAAGUUUGGUUCCACAAUAUUUUUACAUUACUUGAGAGUGCACAACCUAACUGUACCUUUACCAAGCUUUUUUCUCUUUAUCAUUCACAGAGAGAAGGUCUCUCAAAGUUCAACAAGAUUUAUGAAUUCGACUACAACAUUUUGGGAAGUGUAAGUAUUAAUAUUUAGCCUCAUGAAAUACUAAACCGGAAGUCCACCUUUACUGUACUGAAAGAAAAAAGUCCUCAUGAGAACAGUGCUCAAAAAAGAAAAAGCCUUAAAUUAAAUGGGUCACAAUGGGCAGGUAGGUUCUCCUUCCAGAUGAUCUAGUUUUCCUCGGUUAAACGCAAGGAGAAUUUGAUGCUAUGUGGAAAGUUACUUAUAAAAAUACUUUAUUCAAUCCACACCUCCCCAUUCAAGGGAUGGCAUUCUUAAUUAUUUUUAUUUUAAUUUUCAAACAGAAUGCUAAAAUGGUGAUGACAUCUCUGUCAGGACAUAUGAUGACUUUAGAUUUCACAGCUAGUCAUCAAAAAUGGUAAGAAUAUAUUAUGUUAUUCUGAUAACUAAACAAUUUUUAAAAUUGUGGGCCUAAUUUUUUCUUUCUUUAGGUAUAGUUGUGCUCCUGUAGCCCUUUUUAGUGCUCCAGUUACAAAAUAUGUUGGAGAAAGUUAUCUGCCUAUUAAGGUGAGAGACUGAUCCCACAACUACCUUUGUCCAUUCCUUCUGUAAAAAGACUCCCUAGUCUUUUCAUGCAAAAAAUUACAUUAUUUAAUAUGUUUUAAUGUCUUGUGCAAUUGUACAAUUAUGACAAUCACAGAGGACUUUAGAAAGAGAGGUGAGAGGCUGUCAGGUGUUGAUCAUAUGGACUGAUUGUGACAGAGAAGGCGAAAACAUUGGCUUUGAAGUUAUAACUGUUUGUCAAAAUGGUAAGUUACUUAUUCCAAACUUGAACAAUAAGCAAUUUCAUUUUUAUUGCAGUGAGUUUUUUGAAAUUGUAAAUAUUGAGUAAACACUGUAAUUUUCACCUCUACUGAGUGGUCAUGGUCACUCUUUACUGGGUCCCAAAAGUCUGUUUUUUAUUGUCUUUCACCUAUAUUGAACAGUCACGUAAAAUGGAACCACUCAGAUAAAACUAACUGUAAUCUUUAAAGUAUAUUUAGCCCAUGUUUAUAUCUCAAAAUCAAUGCUAGUGGUGUUUUUGAGUGUUUUUUUGUUUUUGUUUUUUCACAUUAAGUGGUAUAUUAUGUCAGGAAAUGAUGUUAUUGUUGUCGUUUCUAAUGGAACCCUUCACUCUGGAACCUGUAUCAAGUGGUGAACUUGUAUUAAGAAGUCACCUAGACAUUCCCCUGUGGGUGACUGUACUAGGCACUCAGCUAAUGGGUACAAACAAUACUGGGAGGGGGGGGGGGAGGUAGGGUAAGCUGGGGAAAAACAAGAGAGAACCAAAAGCCUAGCAGAGACUAAAGUGUUUAGAGUAUUGAGAGAUCUUUCUUGCAUUGUUUGUUUAUAUGCUAGUAAUACAUCAUGCUAUUUUGAACAAGCUUGUGUAUAUUAUACAAAAGAAGUCAACCUUUGUCAUGUCAUAAUUUCCUUUCAAUUAAUUUUUUGCAGUCUGUCCUAAUAUCCAAAUUUAUCGUGCAAAGUUUUCAGAAAUUACUCCUGGGUAAGUAGCUGGCGACACCUUUGUUUUAGAUGAAUUCUUCCUCGCAAAAUUUUUAAAAAUAUACAAACAGUGGGAAUUUUAAACUUUUAUUUGACUUAUUUUGAUACUACAUCUGUGUAGCAUUUUUUUUUUCACUUCCAGGCCCAUUUUGAGGAGAGUAAAUGCAGUUUUAUCACCCUUAGCGAUGUACUUAUUAUUACUUAAAUUGAAAGUUUGUAACACAUAAUGGGAAAUUUGCAGCGUAUUUUUUGAUGAAUUUUUAAAAGUUUCAGAUGUUCUCUUUGGGUACCAACCUACAUUGUGGAGAACACUAUUAUUUACUUUUAAUUACAUUGUUUCAACAAUUGUAGCUCAGUUUCAAGAGCCGUCCAGAACCUUGUUGAACCUGAUUUAUUACAGUCUCAAGCAGUAGAUGUUAGGAUGGAACUUGACCUAAGGAUAGGUAAUUUUUUCUUUGUCGCUUGUGGUAAUUUUACUUACAUUAAGUCCAGUGUUAUACUGUACAUGUACAGUAGAGGAUGACAUUAAAUGAGAUGUGUUGUAACAAAUCUUGUUAACUGCAUUAGGACUAGUCUUAGACUUGAGUUGUUAUUAUAAUCUUGAACAGGCUUUUAUUUGCCAGAAAGGGUCCAGUUGAUUUAAGAGCUGAGUGAAGCAAGGUCCAGUGUGCAUUUUUUAGCCAGAUCUCUUAGUUUAGCUUUUCUUCUACUGGAUUUAACCUCAACAAUUUGUCUUUUUAUGCACUCUGGUCUUCUGUGGUCAAUCCUUCAUUGACAGUUUUGAUACAGAAUGAAGUGAUGACAAACUAUUUUCUUUUGAAGAAACAUGAUACAUGUUACAAUAAUUGCACAGUUUAAUGUGUUGUUACUUGCUUAUUUUGCGAAAACAAUUGAUUUUUGUUUAUCUGUGUUGCCUUAGGAGCUGCCUUUACUCGGUUCCAGACAUUGAGACUGCAAAAGGUUUUUCCAGAUGUUUUGAAGGAUAACCUUAUCAGUUAUGGUAAGCAUCAAUUUUAACAUAUCACUAGUAACCUUACAACAUAUUCUGUUAUUAAAGCCUUUGCUUUUUUAUGGUAUAAAAUAAUUCAUUCAGUGCAUUGGAUGAAACAAAAUAUUUAUGAAAGUUUAGUGACACAGGCACACUUGCAAAGAAAUUAAUGUUUUUUAACAGAAAUUGAAUUUAUAUGACUGUAUGGCCUUGCUUGAAUGCUCUAUCAUUGAGCUGUGGGCUGUAUUUGUGCAUUGAUGGAAAUGCUAAUCAAAGAUUAAAGGAGAAAUUUUUCAGUUAUCAGCAAAGGAAUAUUCAGGAAAAGAAAAUUUGAUUAGUUGUCAUUAUGAUAGUAAGAGAUGAUGUUUUGAUUUUUCAACAUGAAGUAGCUGGAUUUUCUUCAUUCAGUUUUAGGACUUUUUAAUCAAAAGUUUGCUGUGUUUGAUUUCAUUUCCUAUAGGAAGUUGCCAGUUUCCAACAUUAGGAUUUGUUGUUGAAAGAGUAAGUAAAUGUUGAUAUCUAAACUUUGUAAACAGAAGUAGAGAGCAUACUGUACAAACAUUCCAUUCUCAAAAAGCCUAGCUAAAAUGGAUUUGCAGUUAAUCUCCUUUUAGAAUUUUUGCAGCUUUGGUUUGUUGCUUUUUAGAAAGUCUAGUCACCAAGUAUUGUUAUUUCUAUUUCUUUAGUUUUAAAUCUAUAAUUUUUUUGUGAUUGCCAAUCAGUAUAAACAAGUCCAGCAAUUUGUUCCUGAAGUAUUUUACAAAAUUAAAGGUAGGAAGUUAUUUUAUGUAUUGAUAAUUAUGUAAUUGUGCGUGAAAUGUUUUUGAAAAUGUUAUAUUUUAAGGGGUGGUAAAAUUUACAACUAAGUUUUUCAGGUAAAUAAAUUUUUUUAAGCCAAAAAAAAAUGACCUUUUUUUCCUUUUAAUUAGUUUCUCAUGAGAUGGAAGAAACAAAAGUGGAUUUCAGCUGGAAGAGGUACAAUGGAACUCAAUUUUUUUCAAUUUCUAUGAUUAACUUUGUGAGGGUUUUGGCUGAGUUUUAGCAUCCAUGAUGUUUUGAUUAAUUGCAUAAUUGUACAAAAUAUUUCUUGUUACAAUUUUUUAAAUCCUUGUAGAGGCAGACUUUUUCACCGCUUGCCUUGUCUGGUCAUCUAUCAGAUGUGUUUGGAGGUAUAACGCAAGUUUUUGUUUAAACUAUUUUAAAUGGUUUUGUAACUGGAGAAUAAACUUAGUUAUUAAAAAUUAUAUAAACUACAUUUCCAUCACUUUUUGGACAAAAAUUUUUUUUUUAAUUAUAAUAUUAAUAUUGUAAUAGAAUAAGAAAGAUGUCAUCUUAGGUUCAAUUCUCCAUGGGGAUUCUUUUUCCUGCCCUGGUGACAACAAAAAAACAUUGUUAUUACUAUCAUUAUUAUUACUAUUAUUAUCAGUACUAUAUUUACUCAUAUACCAGAAUCCUACAGCAAAGGUUCUUACCACAUCAUCUCGUCCCAAGAGUAAGUGGAGACCUCUUCCGUUAGACACUGUGGUAAGUUGAACCAUCAUUAUUGCUUGUGAGUUGACACCUUGUUCUUUUUAAUGGUGGUUCUUCUGAUUACAUUUUUAAUACUUCUUCAAAAACACCUUCCAAUAUUUACUUAAAGGUAAGUAGUAAGUAAGCCUUUAUAUGGGCCCAAGUGGCCCAUGGGGCUGGUGCUUAACUCCGGUUUCUUAGCAUGAAGCGGCUAGGAGUAUUGCUACUCCCCCCUGGGUGGGAUGCUAGUCCAUCGCAGGAUUACCCCUAGCACAUUUGCUGGUACCCAUUUGUACACCUGGGUGAAGAGAAGCACUGUGAGAGUAAAGUGUCUUGCCUAAGAACACAACACAAUGACCCUGGCCAGGGCUCGAACCCGGACCACCCGAUCCAGAGCCGAGUGCACUAACCAUGAGGCCACCACACCUCCACAAUAUUUAUGUAGACUUUAUAAUAAUACAUUGGAAUCUAGUGCAUUUGGGUGAUGUACAGUUCACUUAAGAGAACAUGCACAAUACAUUUGCAGGAACUUGAGAAACUUGCCUCUCGAAAAUUGAAAAUAAAUUCCAAAGAGACGAUGAAAAUAGCUGAAAAACUCUACAAUCAGGGGUAGGUAGUAGUGGCAUUUCUAGUUAAAGGAGCUAAUGGUAUAUUCUUGGUGCCCUGAUGAAGGCCAUGUUUAAUACAGUUACUGGUACUCUCUUAGUUUCGAUGUGAUUAAAAGUACUGGUAUCAACCUAUUUUUGCACUAUCUUAUGCUUGGCACAUGAUGCCACUGGCUGUGAGCUGAAAUAAUGAAUCAAAAAUUUUCAUUAUGAACAUUUAUCCCAUCAUAAGGUCAUUGAAUAACAAACUGUAUCCUGAUUUUCCUAAUUCUUGAAAACAGACAUAAAAAUCAUGUAGAGUACCUUUGUUACUUUGUAUAUUAGAUUCAUCAGCUAUCCUCGCACAGAAACCAACAUGUUUCCAAAGUCAUUGGACCUGCGGCCCCUUGUUCAAAAUCAGACUGUUGAUGGAAACUGGGGAGGUAAAAUGGAAAUCCAUAUUUUCAUUCAUUCAUUUUUUCAUUUGUCAUUCAUUUACUCAGUGCCAUUGAUACAUUAACCUAUAAGCUGUGUUGUAACUAUUAUUUGAAUAAUUUUCACUGACAUCAUUUUGUAAGUACCUUUUAAGUUAUCUUAUGUAGUUGAUAUCAUUGCAAAGCACUAGUCUUGAUUCUAAGGUUGAACUACUGUAACUUUAGCGUAAUGACCUGUUUUUUUUUUUUCAGCUUUUGCAGCUCGCGUGUUGGAACGAGGCCCCAGCCCUCGACAGGGCAACAAAACAGACAAUGCUCACCCUCCUAUUCAUCCAACAAAGCAUACAAACAAUUUACAGGUUUGCUUUUUUAUCACAUGCCAAUACAUGCUCAGAGAUUUGACACUACUUUGAAGGAUUUCUGAAUGACAGUAAUUCUGUCAAUAAUUUUCCCCCCCCCCCUUGGGAUAUUCCACCAUAGUUCAUCAGAGCUAUCAGAUGUUACAUUUUGGAAACUGCAUGUUACAAAUUGAAUGGUAUAAGCUUAUUUUAGAUAUACACAGAGCUGAAUUUAAGGUGUUGGUCCAUCAGUUAACAGUGAGUGCAUAAGUUAUUUACAUGUACAGUAGUUGUGUACCAUCAACCAAUAUAGCAUUUUAAACCAUAAGUAUUCCCCAGAUCUGCUGCCAGCUUAAUAUUUUAUAUUUCAAGGUUAUCCUUAGUUAAGGCUUUUUCCUGGCUAAGUGUUGCUACACAGUGUCCAUUUGGCUUAAUUUGAUUUACAGGGAAAUGAAAAAAGAUUAUACGAGUUCAUAGUGAGGCACUUCUUAGCUUGCUGUUCUGAGGUAAGAAGAUUCCUUUGUCUUGAAAUUAUUUUAAUUUAUUGUGUUUCUUCCUUAGAGCUAUAGACUUCAGAUUUAUGCCUUACAAGACGAAGAAUAGCCAUGUACAUUUUCCAUUUUUCAUUGUUAUAUUCCAUGGGAAAUGGUUUGGUUUGGGUUGAAUUAAGGGGGAGCACCACAUAAUUUCCUAUGAUCAUAUCAUUGCUUAGUAUUCAUGUGUAAGUUAUCUUUGUGGUUAUGCCUUUACUACCAUGAUUGUAAAUCCUCUUCUCAGUUACUGAAAAUGUAUUACUUUUUUUUUCAAGGAUGCCAAGGGUCAAGAGACUAAUGUGGAAAUUGAAAUUGCUGGAGAGAAGGUCUGUGUUAUACAGCUUGUUGAAUCAUGAGUUCAAGUCAGAAAAUGAGCACCAAGGUGUCAAUGAAAAGUCUUUUCUGCUUGAAAAAAAAACCUUUGCUCCUGCCAGUAGAAGAAGGCAUUUAAUAUUUGAUGUGCAUUUUUUGCAGUUUACAGCCACAGGACUUAUGAUCAUUGCAAGGAACUAUCUGGAAGUUUAUCCUUAUGAUAGAUGGAGUGAUAAGGUAAUUCAGUUUCCUUUCUCCAGGAUUUAACUUACAUUUGGCCUCCUUUUUUCAAAGAAAAAUUACUUAAGAACUUUUUAAAUUAUAAUAUCAUGUUUUUACACCAAUUGUGGAGUGUUGCUGUUAGCUCUUUGGUCAAAUGACUGUCUUCUUUGCAUAAGCUUUCUACGUCAUGAUAAUCGUUUGCAUUGAUUCUCUCCUCUUUGAAGACAAUCCCAGUUUACAAUCAAGGUGAAGAGUUUCAGCCAAGUUCUAUUGAGGUUUGUAAUGUAACAGAAUUCUCAAAUAAAAAGUUCAAAGAGUGUUUGGCCUUUCUUUUCCUAUUCCAUGGAGUAUUUUUGAACUAAAUUGGGUGUGGCAAUUGGGCUUCUUUCCCAUAAUGUUGAUUUAUUAAAUUAGAAUGUGUAAAGUGUACAAUUAAUAUUGUUUGCAGAUGAUUGAUGGGGAAACCAAACCACCUCCUUUGUUAACAGAAGCUGAUUUGAUUGGUCUGAUGGAGAAACAUGGCAUAGGUAAGGAGUAACUCAAGAGUAUUUACAAAUGAUUUUGUCUGAUCAUCCAGAUCAGUGGUGAAGUGCAAAGGACUGUUGUUGGUUACUGUCAUUGUUGUCUUCAUUGAGGGAAUUCCAAGAUGUUGAUCUAUCCAUCUCUGAAGAAAAACAAAAUUAUCUUUAUCCAAAGGACAGAGAAAAAAGGGAGAAAAUAGUUUCUGUUGUUACAAAAGUAAUCAGCUGACCUAAUGACAGCUUCACAUCUCGCUAGAAGUAGAGAGUGGAAAUCAUGGGUGGAGGGAAAAGUUAAUUGAGGUCUUUUAUCCUUCUUGCUACAGGCACAGAUGCCACUCAUGCUGAGCAUAUUGAGACCAUCAAGAACAGGUGCUAUGUGGGAGUGCAGCAAGAUGGGACCUUCUUACCAGGACAGCUGGGAAUGGGACUUGUGGAAGGUACAAUGAGAUCCUAUCACAUGACCCCCAUGUUGUUAGUGACCAUCCUGUUCUUAUGGUAGAGAUAGAGUAUUUAACUUCUCUGGUUAAUUUUCCUCAUUUAUGAAGAAUUGUAAAGUUAAGUUAAUCCUUAACAUAUUUUUAUUUAAAGGUUAUGAUUUGAUGGGAUUUGAGCUCUCUAAACCAAGACUAAGGUCUGAACUUGAAGCAGAUUUAAAGAGGUAAAGUUCUCAAGUCACACCAGGAAGACUCCACUGCUCGCACAUACCCUUUUUUUUCUCAUUUCUCUUCCACUCAGGGUUCAUACAGGUCCUGGAAUACCUGGAAUUUUACUUUGACAUUUCCCAGGGGUGAAAAGUCCUGGAAAAGGACUACAAGUUGUGGAAAGUCCUGGAAAUAUGCUUAACUCAAGCAACAAAGUUUUUAGAAUUUAUGUUAUAAAAAAUGUACACAGACUGUAAGGAGAAUUUAUUCUGAAAUCUUAGGAAUGAACUGGUUUAAGGUGAAAUUUUGAGUGCUGGAAAAAUCAACGUAAGUCCAGAAAAAGUCUUUGAAAUUUGAUUCUCAAAAAGGGUACAAACCUUGUCCACUUCUUGGUCUUCAACUAAGUGAGGUGAAGUUAGCAAUUAUUGGUCUAUUGGUAAACAUCAAUAUACAAAGAUACAAACUAAAAAAUAAUUGUUGCAAACAUAACAAAGGAAAAACUUAAGUAUGUAACUUGCUUAAACUAUUAGCCAAUUAUGUUUUCUUUUGCAGAAUUUGUGAAGGAACAAGAAAUAAAGAUGGUGAGACAGAUUAUAAACCACUGACAUAAUUUAAGUAUUCUCUUUAAACUUGCAAUAUCUACUGAUUGGUGAACUUUGUCAUUUAGAUGUACUUGUGGAACAAAUAGCAAAGUACAAGGAACAAUUUGUCCAAGCUGUGCAAGAGGUUUGCUACCUUAAUUUAUGUCAGUUUACAGCCCUCCUUUACUUUGCAGAUGAAAACUUGAAAAUGAAGACAUUUUUUUUUCUUUUAAACAUUUGCAAAGAAAUUCCUCUCAAUUUAAUUUGAUGAAUGGUUUAAAUCAUGUGGGGCUGCUCUAAUUUGCUGAUUUUUUUAAGAAUUGAUCGAUCUUUAGAUUGUUAAAUAAUAAUAUUACUAAUGAUUCAGCUGUGAACAGUCCAUGAGUUGGCUCUGCCUGUCCACUGUUUCCAAGUGAAAUUGGAGCUUUUAAGACAGAUGUGUUCUGUGACAUUGUGUUUCACCACAGGCAGUCAAACUGGAUCAAGCUUUAAGACCGUACUUUGGAGAUCCUCAAGAAUUCAUUGACGAAGGUUUGUAUUUUUAUCUCUACACCUAUGAUUAUAAUGGCCAAAUAGGCAGGAUGACAAUAACUAAGUAAUUAAAGCAAGAAAUAAAGUACAUGCCAAACACUUCAAAUAACUUGCCUUACAACAGAAACACUAGUGUAAUUAUUCAUUAACUAUUUCUCCUUGAAUUAUUCAGCUUUCCACAGACUUUUCUUGUUUUGCCUUAUCCUUUUUUUUUGUUUGUUUUCCACUUAAGUUCUUGGUAGUGGGGAUGAGAGGGGAACAGAACCCAUGCGGCUUUGUCCAAGAUGUAAAACAGAACAAAUGGUGCUUAAAAAGACCAAAGAUGGAAGGUACUUAGCUCAUUUUAUCAGCAAGUGUUCACAAGUGCUCCUGUUCAAACUGUUUAUAAAUACAUGCUCACAUUUUUUCAAAGGGCUAGUGUUGGCUCCACAAAAUCUAUAAGUAGUAGUGGAAUAUUUAUUGAGCUGAAGUUUCAUUUACUAAUGAUGUUUUCCCAUGUUAUCAAUCUGCAGCUACAUGGUCGGUUGUCAAGGAUAUCCAAGAUGUCGUGCCAGUAUAUUCUUCCCUAAAUUUGUUUUAGAGGCUUCAGUUGAUGAGUCUCUAUGUCAGCAGUGUCAACCUGGAGAUGUACAUCAAAUUAGGUUCAAAUUUAAGAGAGGCUCUGUUCCACCAAUGAUGCCACUGGAGUAAGUUGACUUUUGAUUCACAAAGUGUUUCUAUUGUUGGUGUUACCUUAGUUGCAAUUUCAAGAGUUAAAUCCUCACAGGGAACCCAGAUUUUUCCUCUGUCCUCAUUCCUGACAAAUGUUUAACAAUCUUUUCUAUUAAAUAAAUGAGCACUAAAUGCUUAUUUCUUACUCCUCACCUUAUGGUAUGUUUUCAAAUUUGCUGAUCCCAGCUGUUGGCAGGACGCUCUCACACACUCUGUGGGGUAGUUCUUGUGAAAUUGGAAGCUCCACGGCUCAAUCAUUCAUCAAGGACUCAAAUUUUUCUUCGUCAGACGCUUGUGACAAAAUGUUAGCGCACAGGGCCAUGAAAAUGUCAUGCCAACUUUUGUGCUUUCCCCUUAACUUAGCAGUGAAUGUUGAACAAAAGUAUUAAAUCUCAGUUGGUCCUUUAUUUCUUACUGGUUUGAAUUUCUUUUAUUUUUCAUGACCAUUUCUUUUUCCAACGCUCAUACCUGUCCAUUGUACUGUUGUGUUGGUAGUUACAAAGGCUGCGUCGGUGGAUGCGAUGGAACUCUUACAGAGCUGCUGGAUUUAAAGGAUUUGACAAGGCUCCCUACUGAAUCAGGUAUCAGCUCAUUGUUUCCCUUGGCUAAAAUGGCGUCUCGUGACGGCAUGAAAUACCGCUAGUUGUCCUGGUUUCAAGGCAAUGUAUCAGCUCGAUUCUUUGUUAUAGUUUUUGGUAUCGGUUCUUGCUAAUAAAAAUGGUUAAAAUGUUGGUCUCAUGACAGCAUGAAAUACCGCCUGUUGCCCGAGUUUCAAGACAAUUUAUGAGCUUGAUUCUUCGUUAUACUUUUUGGUGUAGGCUUUUUCUAAUAACGCGCAAAAAUUUCGACACGUAGGUGGUUCGCACACAAGAGGAAGCGGAAGACAAACCCCUCAGCCCAGUUACAGGGGUAACAGGGGUAACAGACUUACCACAGGGCGUGGUCAAGUGGUGCCCAACAGACCUGCUGCAACACCUCAAGUUGCAAGACCGCCCGCUCAAAGAGGAAGAGGAUUUCAACCAGCUGGUCAAAGUUGGGGGCAAACUAGUGGAAACAACACAUCAUUUGCAGGAGGUACUUGUUGAACUGAACGAUUAUAUGUCAGGUUUAACGGUCAAUUACGGAAGACUCGCGUCUAGUAAAACCAGCGCUUAAUAGAGUGAUUUGGGGCAAAAGAUUCAAGUCGUUUCUUUUCAAUUUUAGGUUUUAAUCAAUUUCCUUCAGCUGGCUCUGGCGAUGGGUAAGUACCACAGUCAACCAAAUUACUAAGAAACCAAGGGAAACUAAGAAAUGCACACAUUUGCAAAGCAGAUGCAGCAAUGAUUAUAUUGAGCAUCUACCGUCAAGUUCACAUCAGGUAUACACUGUCAUCGCGUUCUAACAGUGUAAAAUCUUUCAAAGAACCUCUGAUAUCUGGGAUAUGAGCUUGCACGACGAUGAGAACACAACAAUGCUGUGUUCUCAUUGUAUGUCACGUUGUUGAAUAGACAUAUAAAGCUCUGGGCCUAGUUAAAUUUUGUUAAAUAAUAGCCACAUUACAGGGAAGAACCUUCUCAGUGGAGUCACUAUCAGUGAUGGGAGAGAGCUGUGCUGGGAGAAUUAGCCUGGUUAGGCUGUAAGUUUUGCUAGAAUGUGGUCAUAUCUGAAUGUUUGUUUGUCAGAGGUGAUGAGAACUGUGUUGUUUGUACCUGUGGGCAGCCUGCAAUGCUGCUGACUGUUAAAAAAGAUGGACCUAAUCAAGGUGAGUUAAGAUCACUGUUGUUUAAUUGUGUUAUGUUUUAAAAAUUAAGGCCGAAAGAUAUGGGGCAAUCUGAAAUGAUUAAUAUUUCAAUUUUGACAUUUUGUGCUCAGGUCGGCCAUUCUACAAAUGUUCAAACAGAGACAAUGGCUGUGGUUUCUUUUUAUGGGCUGAUGAUGAUUCUAGUAGUUCGUCUUCAACAUUUGGACAAACCGCUCCUCUGAGAUCAGCCAGUAACUUAAACAGGAAUAGUACAGGUAUUUCACAAUUUUUUUGUAAUCAUGUGCAUUGUUCUCCAGCAAGUUUACAUAUGUAAGAUGAAAAAGUGUGGCUGGCACUUGAUCAAAAAUCAGUUUUCAUUCGUGAAUAUUGAAGUGAUUGAUUAUAGCCAGAUUAUGUAUUUGAUGAAUUGAAUUGAAUUUUUUUUUUCUCGGUAAGCUCAAAAAGUUACCGAAAUCGUCAGUAUAUCUUGCAACUUUUCUUCAUGUAGAUCUUGAACUGUGGUUACAAAUAUGUAUACCCUCCGUGCAAACGUAUUGACGAAUAAAUGCAAUUUUACUUUCAGGAUUUAAUUCUGACAGAAACUCAACUUUUCCACGAACCAGGUACCUUUUUGUAUUUCAGUCCGAAUAACUUUCAUAGUUAAAAUGUCAAAUAUUACAUCUCUACGUGAAGUGAAGCCUCAAAUAGAAUUGCUUAAAAUGCUAUCUUGGGUUAUGUUAACAUUGUAGUGGAUCACUGGAUGCACACGAAUCUGGACCAUCUUGUCACUGUAGUGAACCAGCAGUCAGGUAAGAUAGUGUUACUAUGAUGAACGCAAUUUCAAAACAGCUAAAUAGCUGAUCACCUAGAAAAAUACUCACAUGAUUUCAUGAUCCUACCAUUCACAAAAGCGAAUCGAAUACGCGACUGAAAAAUGAGGACCGACCUUGAUGACUCCAAAGAAGAAAAAGCUUUCCAAAGUUACUAUAGUCGCGUCUUUAAGAGUUUUUUUUUUCCAUAUUUUACAGUCGCACAGUUUCCAAAGAGGGAGCGAACAAGGGUCGACCGUUCUACUGUUGUGCUAAACCCAGAGGUCAGGGCUGUGAUUUCUUUGAAUGGGGUGACACUACAGAGCCAUCAUCGGCUAACAGCAAGUUUAAACCUGGAAGAUCUGCAUCGACAAACAAUGGAGGAACAAGGAAAAGAAAAUGUGGCCUUUGCCACCAAGAAGGUAGGAUAUUCUAAGCAUCUUAAGACACCUUUAGUUUGUGCUCAACUGUUUGGUGCUCUUUAUUUGAAAAACCUAAGUUUCUGGUAUUGUUUUAAACUUUAAACGAAUUUCAACGAGUUGUUUAUAUCGAAAACUCUAGUUUACUCUUAUUGUUGGGUUACCACGGUUAAUGUGUUGAUGGUUAUUCUAGUGAAAUAAAGCUCCGACAGAAUACUUAAACGUCCUAAAAUAUCAAGUAUUUCCAAUGUCAGGUCAGGUGAAAACUUCUCUCUCAGUGCAACCACGAUUUUUCUGUACUUCCACUUAAUUUCAAGAAAGGUUUCAUAUUUUAUGGCACCGGGCACUUUUAUUCAGUGUCAGAUGUUCUUAAGAAUCCCAAGACAGGAAGGAGACUUCGUUAAUAAGAGAGAAACUUGCUGUUCCAUGCUUGGACAUUUAUUCGUUAAGUGCACAGACUGAGAACAAGCUAAAUAAUUUUCAAAUAGACCGUGAAUUGUUACUUGUCGCUGACUAUCAAUUUUCUUCUUUCAUUUUUAGGUCAUACCAAGCGAACCUGCCCCAUGAACCGAUAAAGACACUGUGCGCAGAAUUUGACUUUUUUUUUUAAUGUUGAUACCAAUAUGGAUGUAAAUAGGCUCCUACAGAAAUAUUUCUACCAAAUAAUGGUUCAAAUUCUUUGUCAUGAAACUGGAUUGUGAUUGAUUUUAUACAUAAUAAUAUUACAAUAUUUAUAUGUACUUCUGGUUUCCUUUUGUUGUAGGAAAUUUAUACUCUAACGCCGUGCGUAACAAAAUUGUGUAAGACUUUUGCGUCCAUCCAAGUUAAAUUCUUCGGUACAAACAUCGCUAAAGAACAAAACUAAACCUAAUGCCGUUGAAUAAACUUCGGUACAGGAUGAAAUCAUUGCAUUUCACGAAAGAGGUGUGGUUGGAAUGAACUCCUUUGAAUUAAAGUGUCUACUACUGUCCAGGCGUUAAUUGUACUUUGGGUGAUUCGUUAUAGAAUAAUAGCUGUAGAUCGCAACCUCAGAGAUCAAUGAGUUGUUAAAUCAUUUUACCAGAUACUUUUAUGUUCAGUUAUUCAUUGCUUUUUCUCUAAUUAUUGGUAUUAGCCCUUAGAAAUCUUACCGACAAAAAUCAACAGAACAAGGGUGC